CUUCAAUCUUCAGAUUCACUGGAACUGCUUUCACUUCUGACGUCAUCAACUCACCGGAGAUACGUCAUUUCAAUAACCUAAACACACAGUUUUCGCCGGAAAAAUGGGAGUGAACAACGGCAACGUACAGACGUUGAUGUCCGAUUUCCUCCGUAACUCCGGCGGCGUCGCCAUCAUCGACGGCGGCUUCGCGACGGAGCUUGAACGACACGGUGCUGACCUCAACGAUCCGUUAUGGAGCGCUAAGUGUCUUCUCACUUCUACAGACCUUGUUCGUCAGGUACACCUUGAUUAUCUUGAAGCUGGUGCUGAUAUAAUAAUCACAGCUUCUUAUCAGGCAACGAUUCAAGGGUUUGGAGCCAAAGGCUUCUCUAAGGAAGAAAGUGAAGCCAUGCUUAAAAAAAGUGUAGAUAUUGCUUGUGAGGCACGGAAGAUAUAUUAUGAGAGAUGCCGUAAUUCUGCUAGUAAUUUUACUAGUGACGGUAAAAUUCUCAAGAAUCGGCCUAUUCUAGUUGCUGCAUCUGUUGGGAGUUACGGGGCAUAUUUGGCUGAUGGUUCUGAAUAUAGCGGGGAUUAUGGUGAUGCGAUGGAUCUUGAAUUCUUGAAGAGUUUUCACAGGAGAAGAGUUCAAGUUUUAGCUGAAUCCGGUGCUGAUUUAAUUGCAUUUGAAACAGUGCCAAACAAGAUUGAAGCACAGGCGUAUGCUGAGCUACUUGAAGAAGGAAUAAAGAUCCCUGCAUGGUUCUCGUUUAACUCGAAAGACGGUGUAAAUGUGGUCAGUGGUGAUUCGUUGAUUGAAUGUGCGAAAAUUGCUGACUCGUGCCCGAAAGUUGUUGCUGUAGGAAUCAACUGUACACCACCUAGAUUUAUCAGUGGUCUGAUUCAAUCUAUCAAAAAGGUGACAACUAAACCGAUACUUAUAUAUCCAAAUAGCGGUGAAACUUAUGAUGCUGAAUUAAAGCAGUGGGUGAAAAAUACUGGAGUGCCGGAUGAAGAUUUUGUUUCGUACGUGAACAAGUGGUGCGAAAUAGGAGCGUCGCUUGUAGGUGGUUGUUGCAGAACCACUCCAAACACAAUUAAAGCCAUUUGCAGAACUCUUCCCAGCAGGUCUUCUUACUUGGCUUGAUAACCAAAUAUAGAUAAGCCUAUGAGUCACUUUCGACUGCUGCUAUGGCCGUCUAGAAAGCCGUCAAACUGAAACCGGCUUAACAGCACAGUUUUGAUCGGUUUAGGUUCGGUAUCUUAUAAAAAGUAGUUAAUUUUCAUAUGUAUUUUGUUGGGUGAGUGUAUGUUAAAAUAAUUUUGAACUUUCUUUAUGCCAAAAGUUAAUUUCCGCAAACUCAAUUAUAAAAUGGUUUAAGCUGGUUUUUGUUGCAA